AUGGAAAGAGAGAGAGAGAGAGAGAAAGAGAGAUUUCUAAUCACUUAUUUUUGGUUUAUCUUUUCACAUAGACUGGAAGAACUGAAUGUGAUUGAUGUUCAGUUUCUCUAUGGAUGUCACCAACCGACCAUCGUCUUCUUACAUCAGGAUCCUCACGGAAGACAUGUCAAGACCUACGAGGUCAACUUGAGAGAGAAGGAGUUCAACAGAGGGCCAUGGAAACAGGACAACGUAGAGACGGAAGCAACCAUGGUCAUUGCUGUGCCGCAGCCUUAUGGGGGCGCCCUGAUCAUCGGGCAAGAAUCCAUCACCUACCACAAAGGGGAUAACUACGUAGCCAUUGCUCCACCAACCAUAAAGACUAGCACACUGGUCUGCUAUGGUCGUCUGGACAACAACGGUUCUCGAUAUCUGCUUGGUGACUUGACCGGUCGUCUGUUCUUGCUACUACUCGACAAGGAAGAGAGUAUGGAUGGGACAGCUACUGUUAAGGACCUCAAACUGGAGUUCUUAGGAGAGACAUCAAUAGCUGAAUGUCUGACGUACCUUGAUAAUGGAGUGGUCUUCAUAGGAUCUCGUCUUGGGGACUCACAGCUGGUCAGGUUGAAUACAGAGUCAGAUGAUAAUGGAUCAUAUGUGACAAUGAUGGAGACGUUCACCAACCUUGGACCGAUCGUUGACAUGGCUGUAGUUGACCUGGAUAGACAAGGUCAAGGACAGUUGGUGACCUGUUCAGGAGCCUACAAAGAGGGCUCCCUUCGCAUAAUAAGAAACGGGAUCGGAAUCCAUGAACAUGCCAGUAUUGACCUACCGGGCAUCAAAGGUAUCUGGCCGUUGAAAGUGGAUAUGAACUCCCAAUUUGAUGAUACUUUGGUGCUUUCUUUUGUUGGUCAAACAAGGGUUCUGAUGUUGAAUGGUGAAGAAGUAGAAGAAACAGAAUUACCCGGUUUUGACGGUGAUCGGCAGUCGUUCUACUGUGGCAAUGUCGCACACAAUCAAAUUAUUCAGAUCACCGGUGCUUCGGUGCGAUUGGUCAGUACACCCACCAAACGAAUGGUGAGUGAAUGGCAACCUCAAUCGGGCAAGAACAUCAGUGUUGCAUCGUGUAAUAGCAGACAAGUAGUCUGUGCUGCAGGCUCGGAUAUAUAUUACCUUGAGAUCUUUGAGGGAGAAGUGAGACAAGUCAGCACUCUAACUAUGGAGCAUGAGGUGGCUUGCCUGGACAUCACACCCCUGACCGGUGACUUCACAGACCUCUGUGCUGUAGGUCUAUGGACAGACAUCUCGGCUAGGAUACUCAAACUACCCACCAUGGAAUCAAUGCAUGUUGAAUUACUAGGAGGAGAAAUCAUCCCUCGAUCUAUCUUAUUAACAACCUUUGAGGGUCAGAACUACAUCCUCUGUGCUCUAGGUGAUGGGUCACUAUUCUACUUCCAGCUCAAUGCUGAAACAGGUUACAUGACAGAUAGAAAGAAGGUGAUCCUUGGGACACAGCCGACGGUCUUGAAGACCUUCAAGUCUCAUUCAACGGUCAACGUGUUUGCGUGCUCAGACAGACCAACAGUCAUCUAUUCCAGCAAUCAUAAACUCGUCUUCUCCAAUGUCAAUCUGAAGGAAGUCAGCUAUAUGUGUCCUCUGAAUUCUGACGGAUACCCAGACAGCUUAGCUCUUUGUAACGACACCACCCUGAUGAUCGGUAGCAUCGACGAGAUCCAGAAACUUCACAUCCGUACCGUCCCUCUCGGCGAGACCCCGCUACGCAUCACAUAUCAAGAAUCCUCGCAGACGUUCGGUGUCAUCUCGACCCGGACCGAUGUUGUUGAUUCGUCAGGGACGACAGCGUCCGUGGGACAGACCCGACAGAGCGCGAGCACCAGUGCUCUGAACAUCACAAAGAGCGGAGGCAACAAGGGGAUGGCAGGGCAAGCUGGAGGCAGCGGGGAAGGGUCGUCAUUUGGAGAUGAAGUUGAAGUCCACUCACUGCUCAUCAUUGACCAACACACAUUUGAAGUUCUCCAUGCUCAUCACUUUGGUGCAUCAGAAUACGCCACCAGUCUGAUCUCCUGCAAGCUUUGUAAUGAUUCUAAUUGGUAUUACAUCGUUGGUCUGGCCAACGUACAUCCUGACGAAGCUGAGCCGAAGAGUGGAAGGAUCGUUGUCUUUCAGUAUAUUGAUGGCAAACUCCAAGAGAUUGCAGAAAAGGAAAUAAAAGGAGCCCCAUACUCACUGGUAGAGUUCAAUGGUAAACUCCUUGCAUCAGUCAAUAGUGUGGUUCGGCUGUUUGAGUGGACACCGGAGCAUUCGUUACGCGUAGAAUGCAGUCAUUACAACAACGUAUUAGCCUUGUACCUGAAGACAAAAGGAGACUUCAUAGUCGUUGGGGAUUUGAUGAGGUCAAUUACGUUACUGGCGUACAAACCAAUGGAAGGAUGCUUAGAAGAGAUUGCUAGAGACUACAGUCCUAACUGGAUGUCAGCCGUAGAGAUCUUAGAUGAUGAUACCUUCUUAGGAGCUGAAAACUCAUCAAACCUCUUCACAUGCCAGAAAGACAGUGCGGCAACAACAGAUGAAGAGAGAAGACACUUACAGGAGGUGGGCCUAUUUCAUCUUGGAGAGUUUGUUAACGUGUUCCGCCAUGGAUCUCUAGUAAUGCAGAACAUUGGAGAGAGUACAAUACCCACUACCGGCAGUGUGCUCUUUGGUACCGUCAGUGGGUCAGUAGGUCUGGUCACCCAGAUCAACGAGGAGUUCUAUCGAUUCCUUCUGGAAGUCCAGAACAAGCUUACCAAGGUCAUCAAGAGUGUAGGAAAGAUCAAACACAGCUUUUGGAGAUCAUUCUAUUCUGAGAGGAAGACGGAGCCGAUGGACAACUUCAUCGAUGGUGAUCUUCUAGAGAGCUACCUGGACCUCAGCAAGGAUACAAUGGAUGAAGUAGCCCUCGGACUACAGAUUGAUGACGGAGGAAUGAAGAGAGACUGCACAUCUAACGAUCUCAUCAAGAUUAUUGAAGAAUUAACAAGGAUUCACUGAAAAUGCCCUACAGUACUCCCAAUACAAGGUACAAAACGACCCAGUUUCAUAAAACCUUUCAGUGGCACAUGGUCCUGUUAAAAGCUACUGGUUUCUUGCUAUUUCAUUGGCCAGUAGGAAAUAUGUCAUUGAAUUCUGGUAUUUAUCAUUGAUAAGAAAUGUUAUGAAACAUGCAUGGGUCUAUUAUGGACUGUGCAUUUCUUUAUAAUGUGCAUCAAUACUUUUGGACAACUAGCUUGUUCUUGUAUGUACUGUAUUUGCAUGAUAUUUGGACAAAUGCAGUGUACUUCAUUGAAUGACAACUGUUGUCUUUUUGGAGGUCUGUUUUUGCCAUUUUGUAUUGUGUACCAGUGGCAAAUCACAUUGGCUUGCGUACAGCGAUGAUUCUGAAACCUUAUGUUGCCAAACCAUGGAUUGUUAAUUUCAUAUAUUAGGAUAAAAAUUACUACUUGUGAAUAUUAAUUAUGGUGAAAACUGUCUCAACAUGAUUGUGAAAGAUAUUUUUUUUUGCCAUAAAAGCAAUGAGAUCACCAAAUAAAUCUUUAUGCACCUGAUAGAUUUUUUUCUUUUUUUUUUUGCCGUAAGGCAAUGAGGUCACUAAGUUGCAAAUGAAUUGACUCGCAGACUUUUUUUGUCUAAGGGUAUAUGCACAGCACACAGAUGAGCAUUUAUGGGACUAUGCCAAAAUUGUCGGCCCAAUAUUUUCAGCUCUUCAUGUUUUACCAGUAUGUUUUAAAUGUGAGGGAUUUGAAGUGCAAUCCUUCGCAGUGAGACUUUUUGCAAUGGUAUUCUUAGUAAAUGUUGAAAUCAGUAACUCAGUGAUUGUUUCCAUCUUUCAAUUUAAUGUGCAUAAUAUAUAUUGAAAAGGUGGUUAAAAAAAAAAAAAAUGAAUCGCACGUAUGGGACUAUACACGAAUGCUCUGCCCAAACAUAUCGGCGGUUAUAUAUUUUCAAUGUUAGGAAAACAGUUCUUUGCAAUGGAAAGGGUUUGUAUUACAUUGCAUCUGCUGCUAAACAUGAAUAGAACUUGAAAAUUCAUAGCCAUCAUAUCUCUGAUAGGUGUUUGCCUUUAAUCAGUGUAAAUACUUGUAUAUUUUUGUAAAAUAAUGUACAUGUAUCAUUUGUGCAUGGUUUAAAUUCUCUUUGUGUAUAGAGCCGCACUCUGGAAUCUAGAUAAAUGUUGGAAACUUACGUGGUAAAGCUCCCUUUCACCAAGAGUUGCAAUAGAUCAAAUCAAACUCAAACUGAUAUUGAUCUUAAAUUGUGUAGUUAAGAGAUAGGAUUUCUGAUCAAUCCCAGUUUUGAGUUCAAUUUGAAAUCUUUUGCACGUCUUUGUCAGACAGGGCUCCGGACUCUGUAAUGUAAAAGUAGUGAUCGAUCACAGUCACUUGGAUGGCCAGUCAAAUUAGCUGGUGCAUGCUCAUAUUGAUCAGUGUAUAAUCAAUCAAUCUUUGUUUUAUUGAUUGCAAAUACAUGUAUUUGUGUUACAGCCCCCUCCCCUUCAUUCUUAACAGCCACUGUGUGGAUAAGUGUACAAAUGACUUCAAAAAAUAAAAUAUUAAAAAGACAAUACAUGGAAAGAGUUCCAUGUGCACCCCCCCAUAAAAAAAUAAAAGAUUGUUGAGACUUCCGGUUCGUUCACUUUUUUUUUCUUCAGAUUUUUUUUUUUUUUUUUUUACUGUUGCUUACCUUAGUUGGGACUCGAACUCACCUCGUUUUAUCCGCAGUCAAGACCUCUUCCCGCUAUGCUAGUGAGAAGCGCUGAUACCGGAAGGGGUAUUUUAACGAUUAUCAGCCGAUAGUUCGACUAGUCUAGACUCACAGACCCUUUACUGCCUAAAUAAACCGAUGUCUAUGGACAUAAACACGCAUUAGAUCUUGCUCGAAAUUUGACGGAAUAAAGCCAUAUUUUGGUAUGCAUUUCCACUCCCCCAUCAUAUAUGUUCUAUAUUAGGGCUAGAUAUAUUAUUCUGAACCUUAUUCAUGUUUUUAUUUUCAAUUUUAGUGGGGAGUGCAUAUAGAACUCUUGCCCAAUACAUUUAUAAUCAACUGUGAAUGGGUUGCCAGAGCCUUAAUUGAUUUUUACUUUUGUGAAAUACAGAACAUUUAUAUUUGUCUUGUAUAUUUGGAGGAAACCCUAGAUCGCUUUGUGAUGUAGAAUAAUUGAUGCCAUAUUCUUCACAGGUUUGGCAAUGGCAACUUGAUAAUGAGAAUAACUCUUUUUUUUCAUCAUAUACCUGGUAAAUAAAAAACGACAACAGCUGAGUAUUGAUACUUCAUCCAACAUUUUCUAUUUAUUUUGUUGAAGCAAAGUGUAUUUACAGUGAUAUAACUUAGGCAAGUAAGCUCAACAUAUUACAAAUAUCUUUCAUGGUGGAGUAAUCAAAUCCAAUGAGAUGAUUAGGGGAGUGUUUCAUAAAAGUUUUGUCAGUGAUUUUCACAGGCUAAGUUGCUCUCAACCAAUCAGAUACAAGGAUUUUCAGUAGAUUAUAACAAUACUGAAAAUGACUUGUUCAUGAAAUACUCCAGUUUGGGAGAGCAGGGGCCCGUUUCAUAAAACUUGUUAUAAUAAUAAAUUUGCAUAACGGUUAAAAGCUCUUCAAAUCCUUCAAUCUGAUUGGCUGAUAAUAGAUUUUUAAAUAGAAAUUGUGCAUUUGCUAUUAUAACAAGUCUUAAUGAAACGGGACCCUGAGCUGAGCAUGACAUCCAGAAGGUAAAAGGUACAAAGGGCUACAUGUAAACUGGGUCUUGACCGAAAGCUUCAGUCUCUGUUUUGUUGGUGGUUUUGCCCUUGCUUCUCUAAACCUCCUCCAUGGAUUUGGCCCAAAAGAAGUGGAGAGGUGAUAAUGAUGGGUAGAUUUCUUGGAAUGAUCAAGACUUGAUUGGCGAAGUUGUAGGUCUCAAUAUAAAGUCAAUCGCUUUCUUUUUACCCCAAGGUAAUGCGGUUAUUUGUCCACAAUCAUCAAAAGAACACAUCAUAAAUAUGUUAUAGAUCUUAGAAAUGUGACUCGCUGUAAUGAAGUGAAAUGCAUUGAUCAUAUACAUUGAUUAAAAGUGUAAUUUUGUUAUGAAAAAGUUUUGACAUUAAAUUAAGUUGUUAUACAAACAAAACAUAA